UGCCUUCCAGCUGCAUUCGUGUUCCAGCUGCAGACGAGAGCGGAGACGCCAACGAACGAGUCGCGAGACGAUCGCGAGCGGGAAUUAAAGUGCAACAACACGAAAACAGCAACAAAACAAAAACCAGCACCGUUUGUUGAACUCUCGUUUGAAACUCAGCCACAAAAGCAAAGCAAAAGCAAUCAAAACAUAAAAGCGAAAGAGUGAGCCAACAAAAUAAACAAAAAAGAGUUAGAACAAACCAGAUAAAAGGGUUUUGUCCAAAUGAUUGCUUGAUUGGAAAGCAGCACACCCCUUCUCCCCACUCCGACCCCGCCCACCCUGCUCAUCAUGUGCAGUGGAAAAUUCUUCCGCAUGCCCACCCUUGCCAUCUGCGGCGUUGUGCUGACCAUCAUUUUGGUCUGCAUUACGGGCAUCACCCUAACGAACAGCAUCAACAUUUCGAAUAUCGUAAAGCUACGCGAGAAGGUGGCCAGCGACUCGGCGGCAGCCAAUGGUGGCCACCAGGCGGCCCAGACACGUGCGGCACUGGUCGAGCAGCAGUACUCGACGCUGCAGCAACAUCAUCUAUCGCAAAGCGAUCUCAACUACAUAUCGGCAUCGACGCAUCCAAAGAAUCUACAGCGACCGUUGCAACAUCAGCAGCUGCCACAGCAGCAGCCCAAUAAAAUUGUGAUUGAAAUUGGACUAAGGAGCGCCAAUGAGAGUGCCAGUGGCAGCAAGGGGAGUGGCAAAUCAGCAAGUGGGAGUGGGAGUGGCAGUGGCACCACCGCUGGUAGUGGAAACAGGCCACUGGGCAUGCCACAUAUGCUGGAAGCAGCCGAGGCAUUGAUGGAGGGCAAUGUUGAUUCCAUAUCAUUGCCGGCAGCAUUGCCACUGGUGGCAUCAGCGCCAACAACUGAAAAGAGCAGCAAUGGCAAUGGCAAUGUCAAUGGAAAUGGAAAUACAAACAAAAGAAGCUCGGGGAACAGUCCUGGAAGCAACAGCAAUGCUCCUACCAACGGCACUGGGAAAAGCACAGAACACAACAGCAAUGACAGGAGGAGCACUGGAGGAGACAUAAAUGGAAAUAACACUGGAAGCGAUUUGGGAAGAGGCAACAGCGUCGUCAUGGAUAUCCGGGAUCACAAUCCAGGGGGCAUACAGUUCGAGCGGCGUGCCCAUGUCAAGCAGAUGAUGGAGCAUGCCUGGCGCAACUAUAAGCUGUAUGCUUGGGGCAAGAACGAGCUGCGUCCGCUGUCGCAGCGUCCGCAUUCGGGCAGCAUAUUUGGAUCCUAUGAUCUGGGUGCCACAAUUGUCGAUGGCCUGGACACGCUGUACAUUAUGGGGCUGGAGAACGAGUAUCGGGAGGGUCGUGACUGGAUUGAGCGUAAAUUCACGCUGGACAACAUCAGUGCAGAGCUGAGCGUGUUUGAGACGAACAUUCGGUUUGUGGGCGGCAUGCUGACCCUGUACGCCUUCACCGGUGAUCCGCUGUACAAGGAGAAAGCACAGCAUGUGGCCGACAAGCUGCUGCCUGCCUUCCAAACGCCCACUGGCAUACCCUAUGCCCUGGUCAACACAAAGUCCGGCGUGGCCAAGAACUAUGGCUGGGCAUCGGGCGGUAGCUCGAUCCUCUCGGAAUUUGGCACACUGCAUUUGGAGUUUGCCUAUCUGAGUGACAUUACCGGCAAUCCGUUGUACCGCGAACGUGUUCAGACCAUCCGUCAGGUGCUCAAGGAAAUCGAAAAGCCAAAGGGAUUGUAUCCAAAUUUUCUCAAUCCAAAGACGGGCAAAUGGGGACAACUUCACAUGUCGCUGGGCGCCUUGGGGGACAGCUACUACGAGUACUUGCUGAAGGCCUGGCUGCAGUCGGGACAAACGGAUGAGGAGGCGCGCGAGAUGUAUGACGAGGCAAUGGUGGCCAUCAUGGAUAAAAUGGUGCGCACCAGCCCCAAUGGACUGACGUAUGUGUCCGAUCUCAAGUUUGAUCGCUUGGAGCAUAAAAUGGAUCAUUUGGCAUGCUUUUCGGGCGGCCUGUUCGCCCUAGGCGCUGCCACACGCCAAAACGAGCACCGGGACAAGUACAUGGAGGUGGGCAAGGGCAUUACAAACACUUGCCACGAGAGCUACAUACGAGCACCCACACAACUGGGACCGGAAGCAUUCCGCUUCAGCGAUGCUGUGGAAGCGCGGGCACUGCGGUCACAGGAAAAGUACUACAUACUGCGUCCGGAGACAUUUGAGAGCUACUUUGUGCUGUGGCGCCUCACGCACGAUCAGAAGUAUCGCGAUUGGGGCUGGGAGGCGGUGCUGGCACUGGAGAAGCAUUGCCGCACACCACAUGGCUAUUGCGGCCUGCGUAAUGUCUAUCAGCAGGAGCCACAGAAGGAUGAUGUGCAACAGAGCUUCUUCCUUGCCGAAACACUAAAGUAUCUGUACCUGCUGUUCUCGGAUGAUUCGGUACUGCCGCUGGACGAAUGGGUGUUCAACACGGAGGCGCAUCCGCUGCCCAUCAAGGGUGCCAAUCAGUACUAUCGUCAGGCGCCCGUUACGCUGCCCGUCUCGAAUGCCUCAUAAGAGGCCCGACACUACUGGCAGCUGCUGCUCUUGUCUAUAGCAAUGCACUUUACUUAGCUCCUCAUAUGUACUAUAAAAGUGCAUAUAACCUCCUCUUUUUUUUCUUCUUUUUUUUUGUUUUUUUUUUAAGUUUUAAGCUAGUUUACAACGUAAUGACAACUACAACUGUAUAAGGCAACAAAUGAAAAGAAGGAAAGGAAUGAAAUGAAAAUGUAAUCUUUAGCAGGCACACAGCAAACCACACACAAACGAGAAAAAACUUUCAAUGUAACAUAUUUAUCAACGCUAAAUUAUUGUAUCCGUUUACAUAUACUUAUAUCGUAGUUAAAUUGUAGCUGUCUUCAGACACAAUUCUAAUCUCUAUCUCUAUCAGCAAAUUUGACAGUGGGCCUCAAAGACCCCAACAACAUUUUCAAUUUCAAAACAAAGAUGAUGAACGAUAAAUGAUUAAUGAUAAAUGAUAAAUAAUAAUGUAGAUGUAGGAAAAAACUCUUGAUAUUAAAAACAUUGAUAUGUAAAACGAUAUAUAUGUAUGUAUACAAGGUAUGUACAUAUAUGUACAUAUAUAAAUGUUAAACUCAGGUGUUCUAAUUAUGAUUUACCUUGCACUCUCAAGGCUCUUUCUCUCUAACCAACUAACUAGAAAGACUAGUACAAGUAAUCGUAUCUAACUCUCUCAAUCAUUCUACACGCAAUUCUCGAUCUAUGACUAUAUCUUUUCUACUGUACGAUAAAUGUAUGUACAUAUGUACAACUAGCAGGCAUUUUUCUUGCUCUAAUUUCCAACUUUGUUUUGUAAAUAAUUCACUUUCCCUCGCAAAAAUUAAGGAAAGGCAUCUUUGGAUGAAAAUAAAAAUGAGCAG